CUUAGAAUAACACUGCCCCUUCUCUGCCAAGAGCAGACACAGCUCACAGCACCAGUGAGAGCAUUUGGGAGUGAGCACAGGCACCCAGCCUUGAAACCCGUCAGCCACGUCAACUAAGAGGACACAUCUGGGUUAGAGUGUGAGAUGAGAAUUCUUCAGGGGGCAGGGAGGCUCAGGUAACAUCAGCAUAUGGAGGCAGGGGUCAGAUGAAAGUAUUUCUCAUUACAUGGUGACUGGAAUGAGUGGAGCAGGUGAUGACACCUGAGAAAGAGACAGACCAGAGACACAGAAUAUGAGACUGCGUGGGGGUGAAUAGAACAACACUCUUUCCCUGAGGAAGAUCCUUGCUCAUUUGCCUGGCACCAUGAGUUUAAGGGUAUCCCUGCUGUUUUCCCUCUGCCUGUCCGCCUCUCCAGCCUUCUGCCACAUUGAAACCCGAGCACAUGCAGAGGAAAGACUGCUGAAAAAGCUUUUCGUAGGGUAUAAUAAGUGGUCCCGCCCUGUGGCAAAUAUAUCCGAUGCGGUUCUAGUGCGGUUUGGCCUGUCCAUAGCCCAGCUAAUUGAUGUGGAUGAGAAGAACCAGAUGAUGACGACUAAUGUCUGGGUCAAACAGGAAUGGAACGAUUACAAACUGCGAUGGGACCCUCUGGAGUAUGAGAAUGUCACAUCAAUACGGAUCCCCUCUGAGCUGAUCUGGAGGCCAGAUAUUGUCCUGUAUAACAAUGCUGAUGGAGACUUUGCAGUUACCCACCUGACCAAAGCGCACCUGUUUCAUGAUGGACAAAUAAAGUGGAUGCCUCCUGCCAUUUACAAAAGUUCCUGCAGCAUUGAUGUUACUUUCUUUCCUUUUGACCAACAGAACUGCACUAUGAAAUUUGGGUCAUGGACAUAUGACAAAGCCAAGAUAGAUUUGAUUAGCAUGCAAAGCCACGUUGACCAGCUUGACUACUGGGAGAGUGGAGAAUGGGUUAUUGUCAAUGCUGUUGGCAACUACAACAUCAAGAAGUAUGAGUGCUGCACAGAAAUCUACUCAGACAUUACAUAUUCUUUUAUAAUUAGAAGACUCCCUUUAUUCUACACAAUUAAUCUUAUCAUCCCAUGCCUUCUCAUCUCCUGCUUGACUGUGCUGGUCUUCUACCUGCCCUCAGAAUGUGGUGAGAAGAUCACACUGUGCAUUUCAGUACUACUUUCUUUGACCGUCUUCCUCCUUCUCAUCACAGAGAUCAUCCCAUCCACUUCACUGGUCAUCCCAUUGAUUGGAGAAUAUCUUCUCUUCACCAUGAUAUUUGUGACGCUUUCUAUUAUCAUCACAGUAUUUGUAUUGAAUGUGCACCACCGUUCCCCUCGCACACACACCAUGCCAGCAUGGGUGCGCAGAAUAUUCUUGGAUGUUGUCCCCCGAGUCCUAUUCAUGAAAAGACCUGCGAAAGACAACUGCAAGAAACUAAUUGAGUCCUUGCUUACCAGAAGACCUAGCCCUCCACCUAGACUUUGGUCUGAGACUGAGAUUGAACCCACUCCCGUUAGUUCAUCUUCAGCCAGUCCCACCAGUCAGAGGGCAUCGCCUACAUCUUCAUGCUGCCAUCAGUUGGAACAAACAGAAAACUCCCCUGUGGUCUGUAAGUCACCAUCAGGACAAUAUUCAAUGCUCUGUGAAGAGUCCACACUCACCAGCUGCCCUUCUCCACAGAAUCAGACCCGUCUUCUGGGUGAAACCCAGUCCAACCUGAUGCCUAAAGUACGUUCUGUUAGUGUUCAACAGAUGUACACCCCCAAGGAAACCAAUGAGGGUACAAUUCGUUGUCGAUCAAGAAGCAUACAAUACUGCUACCUUCAUGAGGAUUCCUCUCAGACCAAUGGUCAGUCUAGCAGCUCCCCAUUAUCUCAGAGAUGCCAUGUGCAUGAAGGAAAGCAAGGGAGUCAUAAUUCCCAGUGUAAAUGCAAGCCUAAAAAUCAAGAUAAUACAAGUGGCACCAGUCAAGUUGCCAAAACGGUCAAUGCCAAAGAACAGCAUGUGCUGUUAAUGUCCCCGUCCCUCAAACUGGCCAUAGAGGGAGUUCACUAUAUUGCCGACCACCUAAGAGCAGAGGAUGCUGAUUUCUCCGUGAAGCAGGACUGGAAAUAUGUAGCGAUGGUGAUUGAUCGGAUCUUCUUGUGGAUGUUCAUUAUUGUCUGUCUGUUGGGAACUGUUGGACUUUUCCUCCCGCCCUGGCUGGCUGGGAUGAUAUAAUAUUAAGGAUCAAGAGAACACACAUGGGCCAGGAAGACGGCAAGUGGGGAACAUCAGAAUGAGGGUGGGACUGUGAUCGCAUGAGUGCAUGGUGAAUGCAGAGAGCACUGUCUGGACGCGAGAACAGUUGCUUAAGAUAGAUGUGAAGCCUAUUUAAGACAGAAUUAAGGUAGAAAAAGGACAAGCUGGAGAACAAUAUGACCAGAGUGGAAAGCUUACGCGUGACAGCAGUGUAUAAAUAUUUUAGCCCAUGUCUGAUUCGCAUGAAUGGGUACAGAAAUCUCCAGGGGAUACCCCCAGGGCAGAGAAGCAUUUCGGGAAUCUUUUAUUAAAUAUUUGCCAGUUCACUGCACCCAACAAGUGUAUGAUCUUAUUCUUAACAUGUACUAACUCUGGCAAAUGAAUAAAUGAAUAAAAAUGAA